AGCUCAUUGUGCAGUAAGCAGAGUUGAGGCUGCAGUGACUGGCGGCAUGUGAGCAACUUGUGAGACGGUGUUGGCUGGAGAUCACCACAACUCCAAUUAAGGAUAAGCAAUGGUGCAUGUUCAGACUCAGUGCACGCUGUAGUCCUGUUCUUGGCUGACAGAAGUGGAACCUGUGGUUUUCUGCCCAUCCGCCUCAAGUAAUGUCAGGCUGGUUAAGAGAUGGAGAGGUGCUGGAGGGUCAGGGCAGUGGCCAGGCCUCUCCUCGUAGCCCUAGAUUUAGGACCCCAACAUCAGGGAGAGGAGCAAGGCCCUCACCUGACAGUGCAGCCUCCAGGUCCCCACAGGACACAAUGAGGAAAGCUAAAGAGCUGUUUGGACUGUGUGACAAAGAGAACAAGGGCUUCAUCACCAAGAGAGACUUGCAGCGGUUGCAAGGAGAGGUACCCCUGACCCCGGAGCAGCUCGAGUCUGUGUUUGAGAGUUUGGACCGUGACAGAAAUGGCUUCCUCACACCUCUCGAGUUUCACACAGGCCUAGGUGAGCUGGUAGAAGAGUGUGAGGAGAAAGAUCCAGCAGAGCUCAGAUUCACACAGAUUCUUAUAGAGCUUGGAGCAGAUAAACUCCUGAAAGAUGAGUGUAGUCAGUGGGAGCUGUGUUCUCUUUGGUGUGAUUUGCAGAAAGACAGGCCUGAGAUGUUGAAUCUGUUGGAGGAAAUUCUUUCUCACGCCGUAGCUCAUCUUCAGGACGCGCUGAGAGAGAGGGACAAUUUGGAAGAGACACUACGCAGACGAGAAGACGACCAUGACAGAGUGGUGCGCUCGCUUUACGAAGACCUCGAGAACCAACUCAAAGAAGAGCGAGAGAAACGACUCACUCUGGACAGUGCGAGACAGGGGGACAAAAGAGAGCAGCUACUGCAGGAGCUGAGGAUGAGAGAGCAAGAACUGGAGUUCACAUUGACUAAGCAGAGAGAGCUAGAGGCUAGGAUCAAAGCUCUGUGCCAGGACCAGUCGAACACUCGGGGGCAGAACCAAAGACUGCAGCUCGUGAACGCAGAUUUGCGGGAACAGUUGGAGGAGAGCCGGGAAGAGCUACAGAAGGCCCUUAACCAGCUGCAGAUCCUGCAGGAAACACUCAAGGAUCAGCAGGAGGGCAAGCAGAGGCAAGUGCUGAAGGUCUCCAGAAACAUGCAGAAAGAGAGAGAGAGCCUGAUGAGGCAGCUGGAUCUGCUCAGGGACAUGAACAAGCGUCUGCGGGAUGAGAAGGAUGCACAGCAGGAUCAGAAGAGGACACCUAAGAUGAAGAGACCUUUAGAGAAGAAAGGAUCAAUAAUCGGAGACUAUAUGCUGGCCAAGAAACCUGGCAACAGACAGGUCAGUUUUGUUGGUCAGAUGAAGAAGAGCUCACCUGAUGUGAUUGCUGAUGCAGAGCUAACGCUCUCAGAGAAAAACCAUAAAGAGGAUACAUACAGCAAAACGGCUGGAGUAAGCGGCCCACAGCGUGUGUUUAAGGUUGUGUUUAUAGGCAAUUCCGGAGUGGGUAAGAGCUCAUUCAUCCAUCACUACUGCAGAGGGCACUUCCCUAAUAAAAUGAGCACUACUGUAGGUAUGGACUUCCAGGUGAGAAGUCUAGUGCUCGACUCCACCCAAAUUGCUCUUCAGCUUUGGGACACAGCAGGACAGGAGAGAUUCCACAGCAUCACAACACAGUAUUACCGUAAAGCAGAUGGGAUCCUGGUUAUGUAUGAUGUCACUCAGACCACCUCGCUCAUGGCAGUGCGUGAUUGGCUUGACCAAGUGCAGAAAAACAAGGCUGAUGGUGCAUGUGUGAUGCUGCUAGGCAACAAGAUGGAUAUGGAGGAUGGUGGAGGGAGACAGGUGACCACCAUGCAGGGACAGAAUCUGGCUGAGGAGUACCAGACUGAGUUCUUUGAAUGCAGUGCUAAAAGUGGCCAUAAUAUCCAAGAGGCUAUGACACAUCUGGCUAGACUGAUGGGGGCUCAGCAAGACAAACAGUGCGAGUCUGUACUUCACUCUCUGGACGACUCAAGCCGUAGAGGGCACUGUUGCACAUAGGUGGAGAAAGAGCAGCAGCAAAUGAGGACAUACCACUGAUAAAACCCAGUCACAUGGUCAUGCCACUGCUGCCAAACUGCCUGCAGCAUAUCAGAAAGAACAUCUCACUGCACUAAUGCAACAAGAACACUCUAUGCUCAUGACUUCAACUAUUUUGGACGGUGUUUCCUUAUUAUUGUCAUUUUUUCCAGUAAAUUCUGAUCAAGAAUUAUGCCAUUACUGAACAAACAUGGCCAUAACUAUAUCACUAGCAACAGUGAUAUAAGACUGAUAUAAUAAAUCACUGUAGUGAAUGUGCAUGUCUUUUCAGUACAACACCCAAUCCUUAUAUGUUCACAUUAAUUAUUCACUCUGUAAAUAUUUAAAUAUGAAUAUACAAUAGCAUGUAUAAACCUACAGUCAACAAAAGUAUGAUAUUAUUAUUGGUAUUAUUAUUGUGGAUCACCUUACCCUUAAAUUUUACAUCUUUACUUUAAAAUAUCAGGCAGAACAUUGGAAUGAGAUUCCAGGUGGGAAUGUAAUUGCCUCAGGUGAGAAUGUAAAGGAAAGUGUGACACAAUCAUGGAUAAUCUAUGAUAAUCCCUACUGCACUUAAAGGUGCAGAAGUUGAUUAUUUUUAAUUCCUUACUUGUGCAAAUAACCUGGAAGAUAUGUAGGACAUUAUAAUCAAAAAUCCAAUGGGUUAAGCCAUUGCUUCAGCAAAGAUUUAUUAAGUCGCUGAGAAAACCGUUUGGAAAACUAAGUUCUGGUCCGGAAUGCUUGCUUGUGUUUGGAUACACAUCCUGUCAACCAUUCUGUAGAAACUAUAUGGGCCACCUAAGAUCCUAGUAGUGGAGGUUUGUGAAAAUGGGCAAGAAUAAUUCAAAUGUCAAACCCACCUAACCAUUAGACACCUAAUAUUGAAAAAAAAAAGGCUAAUGUUACCUGGUAGUGGUCAUUUUUAAAUCAUUCUUGUAAUACUUUACAUACUAUAUUUCUCUUGUUUGCUUUCAACAUGUUUACUACUGAAGAUUAUUUUCUAUCAUCAUGGUCCUUUAGUUUGCUCAUCCAACUCUCAAAUGUAUUUUCCAAUGCUGUAACUGAUAUAAGUGGAAAGAAAUAUUAAAAAAAAAAUUGAACCCAACAUACAAAGACAUGGUAGCUAAAGCCGUCUGUCUUUUUGUUACCUUUUGGUUUGUUACAUUUGUAAGUUGAAAAGACUUACAACAUAAUUUGGUGGAUGUACAUUUCUUUAAUUAAACUAAAUGAUUCAGAUGUUAUUUUUUUUGUCUUGAAAU